AUUUAACCUUCACUCCAACUUCACUCGCUCUGAACUUCCAUCUCAAGCUUAUACAUAGUAAAUUACACUAUUUUCUCCGACUAAUACUCAACGGUUGGCACAAACUUCUAACUUAAACUUGAAUAUGCGCCGAUGCAUAAACACGUAGCAUCUAUCAAAGCACUCAUUAUCGCAGGGCUUCUCCAAAGUGUCAAAGUAGAGGUGGUUACAACGAAAGAGUCGCUUGCGUUCUACGAUCGUGCGGACGUAGUCAAGAUGGCAGGUGGACGGAUGAGAUCACACAAGAUCAGAGAUCCAAUCCUGUAUAUCGGGUUGAGGAGAUGGGCUGACAUAGUCCUUGUCGCUCCCUGCUCGGCAAGCACACUCUCAAAAAUCGCACAUGGACUCUGCGAUAACUUCCUCGCAACCUCUCUGCUUCAUGCGCUGGCACCUACGACGCCGACUUACAUAUUCACAGCAAUGAACAUGCUCAUGUACGAACAUCCGCUUAUAGCAGAGCAUGUGCGCAUUGUCCGGGAUGUUGUGCAGUAUCAAAUCGUUGAGCCGAUUGCAAAGAAUAUCGUAUGUAGGGACGUCAGACUGGGUGUCAUGACAGAACGGUGUGAUGUUGUGAAGAUAGUGGUGGAUUAA